UUUCAGUUCAAGUUCAAGUUUAAAGUGCACGCGUGUAUGUUAGCUUUGUUUAGUUUGUUAUUGUUUUGCUAUUGCAACUGCAUGUGCGUCAAGGCCAAGGUAGCAGAGAUGAUUCGAAUAGCCCUAUCCCAAACAAUGGCAAUUAUGGUGAAGAACCUAAUAAUGGUUUCGUUUGGCAUGAGUAUUGGAUUUCGCACGGUACUAAUCGGCGGUGUUCUGCAUGACGAUGAAUUUCAAGGUGCAGGAGAAAGUGAGCUCUCUUGGUUAGGUUCCAUUUCGAUGCUCACGCUGUUAGUGGGGUGUAUAGGCUCCGGAUUCGUAACGCAGCCAAUUGGACGGAAAAGGUCCAUGCAGUUUGUCACUAUUCCCUACGUAUCGUGUUGGGUUGGAUACUACUUUUCAACGAAAAUUUGGCACUUGUACAUCGUGUUGAUGGUGAUGGGAUUUUUUAGCGGACUUGUUGAAGGGCCCUUCAACACGUACGUUUCGGAGGUGACGCAACCCCAUUUAAGAGGAGUUUUAUCUAUUUCGGGAUCCAUGUCGGUGAUGCUGGGAUCGUUUCUCCAAUUUUUAAUUGGGACGUUUUUUAAGUGGCGAAUUUGUGCGUUAAUUAGUUGUGCGUUUCCUUUAGUAACAUUUUUUUUGUUUUUUCUUGUACCUGAAAGUCCAUACUGGUUGAUCUCCAAUAACAAGCUUGUGGAAGCAAAAAAGAGCUUGGCUUGGUUAAGGGGGUGGACCAAAGUUGAAAAUAUUGAACUUGAAAUUGGAAGCAUUAUCAGACAUUACGCAGAAGAAAGGGAUCAGCAGACCAGAAAGCAGUCAUCAUUUAAAGAGUACUUUACACCUUUCCUAAAAAAGUCCUUUAUCUACCCUCUUCUGUUAGUGUCAUUCGCAUUUAUGAUAUCUUCAUUUACUGGUGCUUCUACCUUGCAGACGUAUGCUAUUGCAAUUUUUGGAACAAUGAAGUUGCCCAUUAAUUCUUAUUAUGCUACCGUCUGCUUGGGUUCAGUUCAACUUCUAGGAUCCUUGAUAAGUAUUUUCCUCAUACGUUUUCUAGGAAAGCGUCGUUUGUUUUUUAUCGCAAUUUCCUGCAUGUGCAUAUGUAACAUGAUCAUAGCAAUCUAUGCCCACUUUUCUGGCGCUUUACAAAUCAAUCUAACAAAAGACAGUGGCGUAUCAACCAACUUAGAUGUAUCAGACUACAAGUGGGUGCCAUUAACGUUUUUAAUCCUGCUGAGCUUUAUGAAUAAUGGCGGUGUUCACGCUUUGCCAUGGAUACUAAUGUCGGAAGUAUAUUCUUACAAAACUAGGUCGGUGGGUUGUGGCCUUUCCAGUGCAGUUUCUUCUCUUUUGAGUUUUGUAGCCAAUAAUUUAUUUUUGCGAGUCACUUCUUUUAUAUCUAUACCUGGUAUGUACACACUACAUUGCGCUGUGUGUAUCGUGGGUUUUCUUGUAUUAUAUUUUUAUCUACCUGAAACCGAAGGCAAGUCUUUGGAGACUAUCGCCGACCACUUUGCCCAAAAAAUUAAGUUGGACAACAAAGUCCAAAAGAAACCUCUCAAAAAAGGAAUCGAUAACACUUUAUUCGAAUAUAACGAGUCCAAUGCUAAUGUAUCGCAUACAGUAAGUAAGCUCUAAACUCUUACAAAUUAUUAAUUUAUUGUUGCAUAUGCUGUGAUUUUGAGCAAAACCCAUUUAGAAACAGUAGUUACCGUGUACCUAAUUAAUUGUAAGUUUCUACCUCUUAGAUAAUUGGAAGAACGUGGCCUUGUUUGUGGUAAAACCAAUUUGCCAUAAUUCUCUAUUUGCGUGAUUAUUGUUAAACAAAUUAUUAUUACUUUUUAUUAAGUGUGAUAGUGUAAUUAUAUGAAAA